ACUACGUCUGGCAUGUUCUGCUUCUGUUUGCAAAGUUCACUGCUCAAGCUCCAGGCGCUGGAUGUGGAGGGGGGGUCCUCGCUGGGUCCGUCCCCAGAGGAAAGCCCUCCCGCUCUGGGCAGCAAAGACCAGAAGAGCCCCUGCAGCCCCGUGGUGGAGCUGGGAGGGGUAAAGGACGGGAAAACCAUCGCUAUGUGCCACAGCGUCGACGAGAACAGCCCGCCAGAGCUGCUGAGCGUAGUCUCCAGACCCUCCUCCUCCCCCCGUCACCAGCCUCUGUCCUGUAUCCAGACUGAAGCCGCCCUGAGCCCUCACCCCUCGCCCCUGUCCCAGCGGAGCAGCCCGCAGGAGGGGGGUGGGGCCCUCCUGCAGCAGCUGGCCGGAGGUCCUGGUCCGGUGCCGUCUCCGCGCUGCUCCAGCCUCACACACAGCCUCAGGUUCAACUCGGACCCAGACAUGGCCCCCUCCCCUCCCUGCAGCCAACAAUACAUGCUGAGUCGUGGUCGGAGUGAGGUCCAUGAAGACUCCGGACCCCCCUCCAUCCAGUUUCUCACGCGACACAUUCAAGUGCUCAAGAGGAGAGUGCGGAGAUUUGAGGAGCAGUUUGAGCAGGAGAUGAAAUACAAGCCGUCUCACAAUGACAAAUACUCCAACCCUGAGAUCGUGGGAGUCAUGAAUGAACUGGCCAAAGCGCGGAAACAACUUAAAGAGUUGCGCCUCAGACAGUCAGUCUUCGAGUCAAAGGAAGAUGAAGGACAAAGCGGUGAUGUCUGCAGGUACGGCAAUGGUCAGCAGGGGGCGACAGAGCACAAACCCACUCUGGAUGAAACCGUGGAGUCUCUGUUCAGACGAUUAAAAGAGAAGAGACAGAGCCUGGGCCUGCCUGAAAACAUGAAGGAGAUGACGCAGGCGCAGAUGGUUUUGGAGAAAAUCACCCUUCAGAAAUGUCUGCUGUAUUUUGAGAGUCUCCACGGGCGACCGGGCACAAAGCAGGAGAAGAACCUGGUGAAGCCGCUCUACGACAGAUAUCAGAUGAUCAAACACCUCCUGUGCACCAGCCCCACCUUCUGGACAAUCGAGGAGGAGGACGGCUCAGAUGAAGAUUCGAUGGAGGUUUCGGUGUCGGUGGAGGAGCGGCCUGUGUCUGCCCCCUGCAGGCUGGGAGGUCCCGCGGAGGAGGACAGUGACCGGGACAGUGACCCCGCCUUCGUGUCCCCCCUGGACGAAGUCAAAGCUGUGAGACAUGGGCCUGCUCUGAAUAUGAGCAACCUGCACGAGGCUUCCAGGCACCAGCUGCUGGAGUGUCUGCGUCAGACCAGAGCAGAGAAGAAGUCCAGACGCAAAGUUCUCCGAGAGUUUGAGGACGAGUUUUACCGACAAACUGGAAGAAUCUGCCAAAAAGAAGACCGCUCUCCCAUGAAAGAUGAGUACCAGGAAUACAAGCAGCUGAAGGCUAAGCUCCGCCUCCUGGAAGUGCUUCUCAGUAAACAGGAAGUCCCCAAAACCAUGUGA